UGAUAACUGAAUAUUCAAAUAUCAUGGUAAAAUGAGGUGGUCACUGCGCUUCUCUAAGUAUAAAACUGAGUCAUAUUGAAGGCAGGCAUUCUCACCCAGAGUCUACUCUCCAAGAUAGAUCUGUCAUGGAAAUGUCUAACUGGGGAGUGACAAACAAGAACAAUCAAACAAUCCAAUACUGCUUUCCAAACAACAAUUUGUCUUGUACCAGAAGUCUCCGACCUGAAGCAGAGUACAUUAUUGUGUACAUUUUUGUUACAGUAACAUCAGUGUUCACCGUGUUUCUGAACCUGUUGGUGAUCAUCUCCAUCUCGCACUUCAAGCAGCUCCACACUCCCACCAAUGUGCUGAUCCUCUCUCUGGCAGUGGCUGAUCUGAUUGCAGGACUGAUUCUCAUGCCAGUGCAGGGAAUGAAACUGAUUGAGUCAUGCUGGUACUUUGGAGAAAUAUUUUGCUCUAUAUUUCCUUUUAUUGCUUAUGUGGUUGUUGUGGCAUCUCUUGGUACUUUAAUUAUUAUAUCUGUGGAUCGAUUCAUUGCUGUGAAUGACCCUUUGCGAUAUCCAAUGAAAGUCAAUAAUAACAGAGCUGUUGUUUCUGUUGUUGUAAACUGGUUAUUCUCCUUCAUAUACAAUUUUUAUCUGUUGUAUGAGUUUUUACUGUAUCCAGAGAGGAACCACACAUGUGUUGGAGAAUGCAUAAUUUCUAUUAAUUUGGAAAAUAUAAUACUAGAUGCUUUUGUUUGUUUAGUGGUACCUUGUUGUGUAAUUAUUCCUUUAUAUGUGAAAAUCUGCUUUGUAGCAAACUAUCAAGCGAAGCAUUUAAAUUCAGUCACAGACAAAAAGGCCAAAUCAGAAAAAAAGGCUGCAAGAACCUUAGGGAUUGUAGUACUGGUUUAUCUUCUUUUUUGGAUGCCAUACUAUUUAUAUUCUCUUUCUGGAGGACAUGAUGAAAAUGACGCUCUUAUAAUUAAAGUAAUGGAUUGGAUUGUGUGCAUGAAUUCCUGUAUGAACCCACUUAUAUAUGCAAUGUUUUAUCGAUGGUUCAGACUGUCAGCAAAAUACAUUUUGACAAUGAAAAUAUUUGAACCUUCAUCUGCAUACUUAAAUCUGUUCCCAGAAGAGAAAUGAUCACUUACACUCUCAUGCAAAUGUAAAUGAGAUAUUGUGUCUUCAAAUGAAAUAGAGCUUUUGUUUUAAGCACCUCCUUAUAGAACAUUAAUUUUGUUUUAAAUUAUGGUGUCUAACAUGUAUAUUGUGAUUAUAUUUGUGAGUGACACUAUCUGCUCCAUUUUUCAUUGAAAAGGAACGAUGCCUGGAAGAUAGAUGUUAAAAGAACAUUUAAUAUUUGUCACAGUAAAGUAGUUAUUACAAAGAUAUAAUUUAGUUUAAAUUAAAGAAACCUACUUUAUUAGAAGAAAGCAAGGUACAAUAUAUGUUGAUGCAUGGCCAUGGUAACUGUGCACUUACAGUAAAACAACUGAGACAAAUUUCACAACUUAAAUGAUUGAUGAUUGGCAAGAGUGAUGUUUAAUCAUUAUAAUGACAGUUAUUAUUAAGCUCUUCAUAUCUCCUGUUUUCUGACUGUUUUUGCCUCAUAAAAAAGAAUGAAUGAAAUAACCAGUAUGACAUUCAAAGUUCAUCAUAGUUAUGCAUUCAUUUUGUAUUUCUACAGUGUGUUAAGCAUUUACGUUAAAAAGGUAUUUAUUUCACCACAGUUUACAAUAUACAUUGCAUUAACGUGAAGAAUAUUUAAUUGCCAACUUGCAGAAAUUUUCCAUAAAUACUCUUUUUUUUUGAAAGAGUAGUGUAUUCAGUUCCUGAAUAAUAUAUAUAUAUAGGGGAAAGAUACUGUGAUUCAUUAACAAAUCAAACAAUCCCAACUGUGUUUAGGCUAACAGCUCUUAGUGAUGUGUCGGGUCCUCACAAUAGAAGCAGUACUGACACUUUUUGCAGGAAUAAGAGGGAACCCAGUGUGCCUAUAGCUUGCUUUAUUUCUGUUUUGAUGAGUGGCAGAAAAAGUAAGGCCUAUUUAGGACAUAUGGCAUAUCUAAUCUGCUCAAUAUUAGACACCAAAUCAAGCUGUGAUAUGAGGUCAAACAUAUAUAUUGUAAAUGGGAUGGCAAGUUUGCAGGUCACAAUGGCACUCAAACUACUUACAUCAUUCCAUAUUCCCCUCUAUU